GGGCGUCACCCCGGCCUUGAACAGCCCAGGUCCACAGGCAUCUCCUCAUGGAAGAAUAAAACCAAAAUACUUGCCUCGAAAUGCAAUCCUACACAUUCACCUUAUAACCCGAGGACUCGACCAGUUAGCCAGCCAGCCAUCCAGCCAUGGCGCCGACCUUUGCGGAUGUUUUGCCAAUCAAACGGCUGUCAUCUCACACAUAUUCUGUGGUACUCGAAGAGGCAUGGGCCAUAGGAGCAGUACCUAAUGGCGGAUAUGUCACGUCAGCGUUUCUCAUGGUGGCGCGGGCGCACAUGAGCGAGACACACUCCAGCCGUAACUCACCACAUCCGGUCAACUUACACCUGGAGUUCCUGCGGCGGACAUCGGCAAGCGAAGCGUUUUUCACAGUCAAGGAUGUCAAACUCGGUGCACGUAUCUCCAACCUCCACAUCACACUGUCGCAACGGCGAGACCCCGAUCAGCCCAAGAUAGAAGAGAAGGUGACGGGCUAUGUGAUGAUGUCAAACAUUGCCACUGAGACGGGGUUGAGUCUACAGACGGAAUACACCUUACAGCCACCGCGGCUACCGACGAAUCUCAAGGUGUUGGCCGACAAGCUCGUCGACGACAACUACGUGGUGCGGGGCAAGGAUCCGUUUGAGGCGUUCCGGCGGGCGGUGGUCAACAUCCAGAUGUUCCUGCUGCGCGCAGACCGGAAGGAGCAUGCACACCUACCUAUCUCGGUGAAUGAUCAAUGGGUGCGGUUUUCGCCGGGUGGCACGCCAAACGGCCGCUGGACAAACGAUGCCCUGGGCUUCCUAGUCGACAUGUUCCCGCAGACGAUCGAGCGGUAUAUCAACGAUGAAGGCGAGAAGGCGGCCAUUGCUGUCGCCACAGGUCAAACAACUCCUGCGACGGCGUCCAAGAUCCCCCCUAAAGCCCCUUACUGGUAUCCGACCCUGGUGCUCAAUCUCGAUGUCAAGAAACUCCUGCCUGAAGAGGGAGUCGAAUGGCUGUUUGUACGUGUGCGAGCCAAGAAGAUUCAGAACGGCCGGUUCGAUCUCGACAUUGAAGUAUGGGACGAGGCGGGCGAUCUCGUCGCGACCAGUGUCCACGCCGCUUUGGUGGUCGAUGCCGCACGGAACCUUGCCGGCAGGACGUCGUCGAGCAAGGCUAAAGGCAAGUCGAAGCUUUAGCAUGCAAUCCUGAUUGGAUGUUGUAUCUGCUGUGAAUAUAUCGGACAUCUAGAAUAUAGACACAUACAGGGUCAGGACCAAGCAAGAAGAUAUGAAGAAAAUUGAAAUUCACGUUUGAUUAUUAUUUUUCUUCUCGUCCGUCUUUCAUUACU